UCCAAUCUCUCUCUCUCCUUGUCUUCAAUUCUCGCUUAUUUUAUUUUUUAUUUUAAAAAGGAGGAAAAUAAUAGAGAAGGAAGGAGAGGUGUUUUCUCUUUGGCAACUCGUCGGCCGUCGCUUGUUCCUUUCUCCCCCACCCCCUCACUUCCUCAAACCCUAAGAGAGAGAAAUAAGAGAGAGUCGUUGCGCGGUGAGACGCGGUCUCUCGCUGAGGGUUGGGAGCGAUGUUUAUAGGUUGGGUCUUUUUGUUCUCCAGUAGAAUUAUUGAUCUUCUCCUGGAGCCACGAUCUCUCCAGAUAGGCCGAGGCAGUUUUUGGGCGAUUUUUUUUUGACGAUCUUCUCGGAAAAUGUUAGGGCUUCAAUAAUCGACGGGGAGUUUCGCAUGGAACGUGGUAGGUGUUAUUUCCGUGGCCUUUUUGGAUUUAGGACCAGAAAUUUGGGGUUUUGAUCUAAACAAAAAAUAGACGCAGGUUUCAGCAGGAAAAGAAAUUUCCGGUUUAUUGGCGUGCGCGGAGGCCUUAUAUCUUGCCCUUUGUCGUUGACAAUGCCUUCUGGGUGGCCCGUCUCCAUGAUGCCAUGGGGGCUGGCACUGCCGGUCCUAAGUUUGGGGUCUUAGAUCAUAAGUGGGAGGUCGGUGGUGUUUGUAUGAGCACUAAAAUUGGGGAUUUUCAUGUUUGGUAUUGAGGAUAACACUUGUUGAGGUGCAUCUUCGAACUUGGAAUUUUCUAUUUGUGUAAAGUAUGUACGCAAGUGGCCGCUGGGUUACCUUCAAUUUCCUCCCUUUGGAGAUGCUUGUGGAAGAGUUCCAUUCAUGACCGCAUACUAAGUAGCUGUCAAUUUUACGAAAGUUGGCUAGUGCUGGACGAGGCUGCAUUAGUUGUUGGAGAUGGUGGUUCUGUAGAGGGAAUGGCCUUCUGGUACUACUCGUCCUGAGGAUUUUCCUUGUUAGGGAAGUCUUGGUUUUCCUAUGAUCAGAGCACACUAUUUUGUAAUUAGCAAACAUGGGUUCAGUUUGUUGCAUUGCUGCAAGAGAUAAAACCAGUCCACAUGGUAGAAAUACUGGAUCCUCUGUUUGCCAUGGAUACUCACAUAGGAAUGCCAUAUAUUCACCCUCUUGGAGCUUCCGAUGGGAUGGUAGAUCACAUGUGGAGAAUAGCCUGGAUAGUUCUGUACAUCACCAUCGAGAUUUCUCCUUAAGCAAUAGCAGGAAUACUGGUGGUGAAAGUAAGGGUGGCUUUGCUGGAGACACGCUGUCCAAUGGUGGAAGCCCAAUGGAAAGUUUUCAAACACCUACCUGGCCUAAAUCUCCAGUUUUUUCUGAUGCUGUAGAGGAAUUUGUUCCAUGUGGUUUAGAUUUGCGUUCAAGUCCAUCUACAUCAAAUAAGACCACCAAUGAGGUGAAGGAAUGUGCAAAGUCAUCAACAGUUGAUGACACGUUAGAGUUGAAUGUUGUACCUUCAUUAACAGCUAAGAACGACCCCUCGUCAUCUCAUGGCCCAGCUUUUGCUUUGACGCCUUCAAGAAAAACACGGCGGUCACCUGGCCACCCACUCUCUAGGCAAAUAUCAGACAGUCGGAUUAUGGCUUUCAAGUCAUUUGAGAGCUCUGCUUCAGAAGGAAGACAAUCAUUCGUUUUGUCUGUUUGUAGCAACGAGCCGACAUUGGGAUCACAGGGAGGCUCUUCCGAUGGAUGGUCGAUGCGCACAUUCUCUGAGCUUGUUGCUUCUUCUCAAAAAGAAAGGUGGUCUUUUGAUAGCGAGAACUUGAGUUCUAAUCAUGGAAAGAUAACAAGAUCCAACAGCAUGCAGUUCUCUUCUGCUUCCGUGGAAACACAAACAUGCGGACUCUGCUUGAAGAACUUGGUUGAUAGAGCUCCUUGGGUACUAAAUGGGUAUGAGAUCUCCACAGUCGCUGUUCUGGUCUGUGGACAUGUAUACCAUGCCGAGUGUCUGGAAAGCACAACACAAGAGCCUGAUAGGUAUGACCCUCGGUGUCCUAUCUGCACAUCAAGCGAGAAGUCGCACUUUAAGAUGUCACCAGGAAUAGCAUUGAGGGUUGGAUUAGAUUUAAGGGGAAGAAACAAGCUCUCAAGAAUUGCCGUUGCAGAUAGUGAUAUUGAACGGGGCGCCUUCUCUGGGCCUAUCAAAGUCUCGAGGCGCGAUGGUAAGGGCCCAAAGAUGGCUGCAAGCUCCAGCACAAAGGGUUCGUUUGCAAAGCCAUUUUUGAAAAGGCAUUUUUCUAUCGGCUCUAGACCAUCUCGGUCCCUAUCGGUGAAUGAUUCUGCACGGAGGAAGGGUUUCUGGGCAAGGUAUUUCAAGGAAUAAUCUUCUCCCAUCAACAACAGAUUGCUGAAAAAGCUCUCUUUUACACAUUGCUGUAGUUCAUAUAUAAAUAUGUUGGAAAAAUAUCUUUCUGCGUUGAUAAUAAAUGCAGUGAUAUACACCUCCAAUGUCUGUCAACUCUAGAAAUCUAAUAGUUGAAAGCUCAUUUGUUCUGAAAAAGUUGGGCUCUUGGCACCCUUGCUUGGAUAUUCAAGCUUAUGGGAAUCUGCCUUCCUGUAUAUUCAUUCCUUAACUAGACUGUACGCCUUCUUCUACGAGAUUGCAUACCUCGAGUCCAUGUUUGGCAAUGUUUUGUAACCAACAAUCAUAUGGUAAUGCAAUUCUUUUGGCAAUGGUUUGUGACCGACAA